UUAAACCUUACUACAUACGCAAUUCAAAUAAAGAACCCAGGUGUCGGCUCGACAAACCCAAUCACGACAUUUACCAAACUAUCAGAAGGAAAAUAAAAGUGUUGAUAACUUCUCUCUCUAAAUCUGAUCGACAACUUUUCAUUGAUAAGUUGCAAGCACUUUGUUCUCUUCAAGAUUUCUUCACCCAAUCCCAAUCCCAAUCCCAAUUCCAACAAUCCAAUCGCAGCAAGCAUGACAACCAAAAGCCAGAAGAAACCUAGAAGGUCCUCAUCGAAGAAAUCAAAGAGGGAAUCAGUCUCCGUCCGAAUCAUCGAUGAGAAAACGCCUCUAUUGCUCAACAAGAAGGCGGAGAGCAGCAGCUUCUCCCACGGCGAAGCAAACGGCGCCUCCUUCACCGGAGCAGUAUUCAACCUCUCCACCACCAUAAUCGGCGCCGGAAUCAUGGCGCUGCCGGCCACCAUGAAGGUCCUCGGUCUCAUCCUCGGGAUCCUAGCUAUUGUCUUCGUCGGCGUCCUCACCGAGCUUGCCAUAGGCAUGCUGCUCCGCUUUAGCAAGGCCGGCGCCGUCGCCUCCUACGGCGCCGUCAUGGGCCACGCGUUCGGCUCCAUUGGCCGGAAAGCGCUCCAGGUCUGCGUCGUCAUCAAUAAUAUCGGGGUGCUCGUUGUUUACAUGAUCAUACUCGGGGAUGUCGUUUCCGGAUCGACCUCGAGCGGAAUUCAUCACCCCGGUCUGAUGGAGAGCUGGUUCGGCCAGGAGUGGUGGACCGGCCGGUUCUUCGUCCUUGUUGUCACCACGCUUGGGGUUUUCACUCCAUUGGCCUUUCUCAAGCGCAUUGAUUCUCUACGGCACACCUCUGCGGUGGCUGUUUUCCUUGCAGUGGUGUUCCUGGUGAUAACCGUAGGCAUCGCCGUUGCCAAAUUUAUGCAAGGGAGCAUGAUGUGGCCGCGCCUCCUCCCCGAUAUCUCCGACUUCAGCUCCAUCUGGACGCUCUUCACUGUCGUCCCUGUCCUCGUCACUGCCUACGUAUGCCAUUUCAACGUGCACAGUAUUGAGAACGAGCUGGAAGAUCCUUCGUUGAUAAAGCCGGUGGUUCGAACAUCCCUGCUGCUCUGCUCAGUCAUUUACAUCAUGACCAGCUUCUUCGGCUUCCUCUUAUUCGGGGACGCCACCCUUGACGAUGUGUUAUCCAACUUUGACACGGAUCUCGGCAUCCCUUUCAGCUCCCAGCUCAAUGAUGCUGUUCGUGUUAGCUACGCCCUCCAUUUGAUGCUGGUUUUCCCGGUUAUUUUCUACCCUCUCCGUUUCAACUUAGAUGGCCUCUUCUUCUCCUCCUCCAUCCCUCUCACGGCCGACAACAUGCGCUUCACCUCCCUGACAAUUGCCCUCUUGUCCGUCAUCUUUCUGGGGGCCAAUUUCAUUCCCAGCAUUUGGGACGCCUUUCAGUUCACCGGUGCAACCACUGCUGUCUGCAUUGGCUUCAUCUUUCCUGCUAUCAUCGUUUUAAGGGACGUUCAUGGCAUCACGACGUGGAAACAGAAAACUUUGGCGGUGUUCAUGGUUGGUUUGGCUGUGUUUGCUAGUCUGGUGGCGAUUUACAGUGAUGCGUACGCCAUAUUCAAGAGAAACGCAACACCUACUCGCGAAUAGUAUCGCUAGAGGGGCUUAUCGGAUGAGUCCCAUAUGAUUAUAGAUGAGGAAAUGUGUGAUAUUUGGCAGCAUGGACAUAGAAAUGAAUUGGAUAACUUGGAUCCAAGUCAGGCAUCAUUUAAGUGUGUUAUGUUAAAUUGGAACAUGCUAGAUUAAUACUCCAUAGGAGUAUCUAUUUAUUAAAGCAGUUUUUGAUAUCAGUAUGUUUCUUUCAUUGUAAUACUACAAACUCUACAAUAUUUCAUAAUCUGUUUUGUAAGAGAAGUAAAAAUUGUGCACAUUACUUUUCAAA